GAUCAUGAUAGCAAUCCGUUCUUUUUCUCUUCAAUUUCUUUUGUUUUUUUAGCCCAAAACCCACAAACCAACCCUAAAAAUCCUACGGAGUCACUAUAUUUGUUGGAAGCUGCCGCCUACGCGUUCGCAAAAACCGUUGAGCUUCAACUUUGCUGACUGAGACACACCAAGAGGGAGACAAGAAAGGAAGACAGCUAUGGUGUCUUUGAAGCUCCAGAAGCGGCUCGCCGCUAGCGUCCUCAAGUGCGGCCGUGGCAAGGUCUGGCUCGACCCGAAUGAAAUCAACGAAAUCUCCAUGGCCAACUCCAGGCAGAAUGUUAGGAAACUUGUGAAGGAUGGUUUUAUCAUUAGGAAGCCUACCAAGAUUCACUCCCGUUCUCGUGCACGCCGGAUGAAGGAGGCCAAGAGAAAGGGCCGACACUCUGGAUAUGGUAAGAGGAAGGGUACCAGAGAGGCAAGGUUGCCAACAAAGAUCCUCUGGAUGAGGAGAAUGCGUGUACUGAGGCGUUUGCUUCGUAAGUACAGGGAAUCCAAGAAGAUUGACAAGCACAUGUACCAUGACAUGUACAUGAAGGUGAAGGGUAAUGUGUUUAAGAACAAGCGUGUCUUGAUGGAAAGUAUCCACAAGUCCAAGGCUGAGAAAGCAAGAGAAAAGACACUCACUGACCAGUUUGAGGCCAAGCGUGCUAAGAACAAGGCAAGCAGGGAGAGAAAGAUGGCCAGAAGAGAGGAACGCCUUGCACAGGGACCUGGUGAGAAGGCAGCACCUGCAGCUGCACCACAACAGGCUGAGGGAGUUAAGAAGACCAGGAAGUGAAUGAAAUAAUGAAGGUCACUAAACUUUGUAUGUUAAUGCCUUUUGUUUUCUCCUUAGGAGUUUGUUUGCAAAACUCUGUUUUCAUUUAUGUUAAAAUUUUUAAUUAUAAAUUAUGGAAUUUUGGAAAUCCCGGAGCUUUUAUGUUAAAUGAAGGUGUUUGUGGUAUUA